AUGAUAAAGUAUAAUGUGUGGGGCAGAAUGUGUAAGUUGUGUGCUUUACAUGAGGAAUGUUAUUCUGAUUGUGUGAUUGAUGAGUUUGAUACUUGUUGUGUGUAUGAGGAAUGGACUAGUAUGGCAAGACCACCCAGGAGACCUACUUCUGAUCCUCCUGCUAUAGAUAUGAGUCAGAUGGCUCAUGCCAUGGAGGCUAUGGAGACAAUUAUGAGAUAG